AUGUUUAAUACAACUCCGCCAAGAAGAGUUCUCAAACUUGUAAACAAAAAAUCAUCAACAAAUGCUGUGGCUCAUAAAAAGUUCCAAACUUAUCAUAGUUCUGGACAGGACCUAAACUGUCGCAGGCCCCAAUCUUUAAAAGAUUGUCAACUACCAACGGAUUACCAUCGAAACGGCGAUGCUGUUGAUCGGGUUGGGCAAUUUGAAGCGUCUUGUAGAGAAUUCAACGGCAGAAAUCCUCUCCAGUUUUCCAAUUUGUUGAGAAAGAAUUUGAAUGGCUACAUUAAGCAUGAAGGGAAGCAUAAAGUCCAACAAGAAAUCCCUUGUCAAAAUAUCAGCGUCAAGAUAAAUGUUAUUGGAUCACCUAGGGUUGGAAAGACAUCCCUUAUACAAAGACUCGCAGGUCAUACAAGCCCUCGAAAAAAUAUUGCUUUGCUAGAUGGACUGCCAAUAGAAGUAACUUUUCAUGAAACAGACAUUCGUUUGCAGAGGGAGAUACCACAUAGGGAUUCAGAUGCCUUUCUCCUUGUCUACUCACUGGAAGACAGACGCUCCUUGUCUGUUGUUGCUCAAAUAGUUCGUCAAAUGCGAUACAAGUAUAAGAUUACCUCGCCGAUAUUCCUUGUCGCCAAUAAGAUGGACCUUGUAAGGAACCAGUCUCUAACAAAGGAAGAUGGAAAACUCCUAGCACGAGAACACAAAUGUAAAUACUCGGAAACUUCACUUGUGCAAGAGAAUGACCUUGAUGCAUUUAUCAUAACCAUCCUACAAGGAAUAGCUGUCGAGGAUGAAUUGUAUUCUGAUAUUGAAUAUAGAAAUAACGAAAUAGAAUCAAAGAAAAAGAAACACAAAGGACCAAUUCUUAGACUUCUGUCAAAACUGUCCAAGUGUUAUUCUAGCUAA